AUGCGGCUGCUGCAACUACUGCCCCUGCUCUGGGUGUGUGAGUGGGUUUCUGGAAACUGCUUUUCCCCACCCUACAGAGUCCACGGCUCGCAUCCAAAAUUCAUGCUGAAAUUGCAGUCUGUGACGGUGCCAGAGGGUCUGUGCGUCCUCGUGCCCUGCACAUUCUUUGGAAAUUUGUGGCUCAGGAAAUUGUAUUCUGUCUUUGGCUACUGGUUCCGUGAAGAGAAGCAUUCCCUCGAUUUUCUAGUGGCUACAAACAACCCAAACCAAUGGGUGCAGAAGGACACUCAGAGCCGAUUCCACCUCUCUGGGAACCUGGAGUACGGUGACUGCUCCCUGGCCAUCAGAGAUGCACAGAAGAGUGACAGCGGUUCUUACUUCUUCCGACUGGAAAAAGAUGGAGUACAGUGGAAUUAUUGUCACAAUCAGCUCUCUGUGCAUGUGACAGCCCUCACUCACACCCCCAACAUCAACAUCCCACAGACUCUGCAGCUUGGCCAUCCUAGGAAUGUGACAUGCUCUGUGCCCUGGGCCUGUGAGAAAGGGACACCCCCCAUCUUCUCCUGGAUGUCAGCUGCCCUCACGUCCCUGAGCCCCAAGACCACCACCCUCUCCUCGGUGCUGACCCUCACACCCAGGCUCCAAGACCAUGGCACCAACCUCACCUGUCAGGUGAUCUUCCCUGGAACUGGUGUGACUGUUCAAAAGACCGUCCUGAUCAAUGUCACCUAUACUACACAGACCUCCACAACCCAUGUUUCUAGAGGAGCUACCCCAGGGAAAGCAGGGCGCCUGGCACAAGUGGUUCUGGUAGCCAUAGGGCAGGCGUCUAUCAAGUUCCUGCUUCUUGGGAUCUGCUUCCUCUUCAUCAGCAUACAGUCCCAUAGGAAAAAAGUGGAGAGGCCAGCAGUCCACGUGGAUUAUGCAGCUGUUGUCAUGGAUUAG